UUCGUGCACACAGGGUCGCUCUUCGGCGUACAUUACGGGGCCACGCACGCACACGCGAGGGUCCGGCACAUACACGCGUGUGUGCAAGCGGGCGGCACACGCUCGUGUUAAAAACGAGGGAAGCGAGAGGGAUAUAGGAAGAACGGCGAAGAGGGAAGGAGAACGAAAAAGAGCGCUUCGUGCAGAUAUAGAGAGAAAGAAGGAGGGAAAAAGAGAGAAAGAGUGAGGCAGUGAGAAGGAAGGAGCGAGAGAAAGAGGAAGAGAGAGAAAGAGAGAGAAAGAGAUAAAGAAAGAGUGAAUCGUAUACACGCCCGCGGUCGCGCGCGCUCACGGGCACUCGGCACGCAUACAUGCACGGCGGGCGCGCACGCAUACCACAGGACUGCCGAAAAAACUGCACGGGAGAGGCGCAGCAACGGGCAAACCGAACCGCGCGCGAAUCAAGUGCUUUGGCCAGUCGCGUUCCCAAUCACUCUACGACUAGGUAGUCCCCCGGUGUGUGUCCCAAAAGAAGCGGCGAGGAGCAGCUGGGUCCUUCGGUCCUCGGACGCGGUCGGCGCGCAAGAUAAUACACGCAGGACAUUCUAAACGCGCGGACACAUCGUCGUCGUCGUCGUCAUCGCUCGCUCGCUCGCUCGCUCGCACGAUCCUGCGGCGCGUGUUAACACACAUAAGGUGGAAUAUUUUGUCCCAUCCUCCUCGAGGUCUUAGGAUCCUUCCACAAUUUUUUUUUCUCUCGUUCUUUCUUUUAUUUUUUUUUAUUUUUUUUUUUUGUUUUUUUCCAUUAUUUUUUUUUUCGCCACGCGUUUAUCUGUCUCGCGUACUGCGCGUUCGCGCGGAAUAGUAACCCGGUGGCGCAUCGAAUCGUCGGCAGGAAGGAGUGUGUAAUUCCUCUGUUAUAACGGAGAGGACGACCUCGCGUGAAGGACAAGGCGGAAAAGCAGUGCGCGUCCAUGCAUGUAUCUACGGGAUCGCGAGUACGCGUUACGGUGAUCCAGUUACGCGGGUUGUACACGAGAAGAAGAGGGAAAGGGAGACUCCUCGAAGAAGAAGAAGAGAAACGAUCCUCGGUCACGGUGUGAAGUGAGAGAGAUGCUACGGGUAUAAUAUACGCUCCAUUAAAUUACGUCCGUUAAAUCACGACGUGUUCUUAUAAUUGACAAUCAGCGGCGUCGUCUUGAAAAAAAGUAUCGAAGAAUCCAAAGAGAACCACGAUCGACGGGGAAACAGUCCUGACGAGCGGAAAAAGAGAGAAGGAAAGUGUCGCCGCGUCGUUUCCGAUGACGAGUUAAAGAGGAAGAAUGAGAAGGAGUUGUAGCACGCGAAAAGUCUAAUUCUUUUUUCCUCUCGAUACGGUAACGUACGAGAUCCCGAGUGAGACAACGUAAAAAUUCGAAGAAAACGAGUCCGCCUGUCAUCGAGACUCGCCUAGUGAAUAAUACCAACUGUCAUUGUAGAACUGUUUCGUUCCUUCUGCGAGGGACUCGGCCGAUUUCCGUCGCCGGAAGAGAAUCGUUACGGUACGGUUGAAAUCAGGCGGCAUCAAGAGAGUGACGUCUGACUUGAAAAAAAAAAAAAAAAAAGAAAAAGGAGAAAGAAAGAAGAAACGUAAAGGAGCGAACGCGACGUACAGACGCGUCUCUCUCUCUCUCUCUCUCCUUCAACGAUAGUUUCGGCGCGACUAGAAGAGCGGAAGUCGGAGCAAAGGCUCGACGUGUAAUCGUCGCAGUCGUCGCAUCGGAAUAGUAGUACGACGGGGGCCUAUAGCAUCAACGACAAGGACGCCGGGCAAAGGAGGUCCACACUUCACUUUUCGCUUGACGAUCAAGACGUAACGACGACGAUAACGGGGGCAUCGUCGGGAUUCAGUCAAUUGGUACCGCGCCGCGUAUCGUCGUCGGUGAACGAUGAUAUUUAACUGCGGGACACGUGCCGCACAGUGACAGCCGGUGCGGAGGAAAAGGAUCGGAAGCAAGAGAGGAGACCGCCAAGACCGCAGACGGAACCAGAGGUCGGAGGAUGGUGGUGGUGGUUAUAGUGGUUUGAAAAUCGGCGAAACGACACCGGGGAAGGGGCAACGCACGUGAAUAGACACAACGAUGGUAGAUACACAACAUUUCUGUCUGCGAUGGAACAAUUACCAGAGCAGCAUAACCUCGGCGUUUGAAAAUCUGCGGGACGAUGAGGACUUUGUGGACGUGACGCUGGCCUGCGACGGCAAGAGCCUCAAAGCCCAUCGCGUCGUUCUCUCCGCCUGUAGCCCGUAUUUUAGAGAAUUGCUCAAGAGCACACCGUGCAAGCACCCAGUGAUAGUGCUCCAGGAUGUAGCAUUCAGCGACUUACAUGCCUUAGUGGAGUUUAUUUAUCACGGCGAGGUGAACGUGCAUCAGCGUUCUCUCAGUAGUUUUCUAAAGACCGCGGAGGUCCUCAGGGUAUCGGGCCUCACGCAACAGGCCGACCAAACUGACAGAGACGAGCUGUCGCAUGUCCGCGCACUGGCAGCCGGCGGCAAUCACCUGCCGUUCCACGACAAGACGGAGGAGAUCGCCUUUCCUCGUGGCGGCUCGCCGCCCACACCCGUGACCCCGACGCCGACCACGGUGCAACAGUUACUGCGCCGUGCCCAGAUACGCCGAGAGAGACGCACUCCGGAUCCGCACGAUGAGACGGCCAAGAGACCGCGGGUGCCGUCGCCGCCGCUCAACAACAACGACGCCACGCCCACAGACUUCUCGAUGGUCAAGAGCAAUCACCUGUCGACCAAGGUGGAGGGCAACGGGUUGCACGACGAGAACAGCCUGGUCGAGGACAAUAUAAAGUGCGAGCCGUUGGAACUUACCGGCGGCAACGGCGGCGCCAACGCCGGCAACAACGAGGACUCGUCCGAUUCCGGGGCCGCGGCCUCGGAUCGACCGCCCGCGUCCGCGAGCAGCAACGAGCACGAGCCGGAACCGGAACACACGUCCGGGGCGCAGAACUUUUUACCGGAGAGCAAGCUCUUCACGUCCACCCCCGGCAGCUUCAACUUCAGCAUGGCGGCGCUCACCACCGAUCACACCCCAUUGUCAGUGAAAUUUCCAGGAUUGGGCCAUGGGUUGCAAACACCGGACCUGGCGGGUACUUCGCAAGGUACGGGCAACGGGAUGCAUCCGGCACCGACGACGCCUCCCACUGUCAUAUACCGAAUGCCGCCACCCGCGCCGGGUGGCAUAAACGAGUCUCAGGAAUGCCCGUACUGCCGUCGUAACUUUUCAUGCUACUACUCCCUCAAACGUCACUUCCAGGACAAACACGAGCAAUCGGACACGCUCUACGUCUGCGAGUUCUGCAACCGUACGUAUCGUACCAAGAACUCACUGACGACGCACAAGAGUCUGCAGCAUCGCGGCACCAACGGCGUGCUCAAGCGGCUCCUAAAGGCCUCGGCGAUCAAGAACGUUCUCGGUAACAUGCAUCAUCAGAUGCAGAUGCAGCAGCAACCGCAAUGAAAACGCCAGAAAAGUCAAAGCCUCCCCGUGCCGUACCAUCUGCAAAAUCGUCGUCGUCCCGUCAUCGUCGUCGUCGUCAUCGUCAUCAUCGCGCUGCUAUCGUCGUCGUUUCGCAAUUUGUUUUGCUCAACAUCAAUUUGUUGGCGCGUUAUGAGAAGCAAGAUAAAAUAAUCGAAAACGCGGAAAUGCUACCUUGCAUUCCGAGAUGCUCGAGUCCAACGCAAAGCGCCUAGAUUGAAUAAUGGUUGAUCGAAUUCUCUUCCCUUAUCUGAAUUACCGAUCUGCGAUCUGUGGAAGAGAAUAGAAUUGCUAACCAGAGAUAAUUUAUCUUAAGAUACAGUUCAUACGCUUCGCUAUUCAUUCGCGAAAGUUGGUUAAGGAAAAGUUGGAUUGUAGAUAAAUUCUAAUUUCUCUAUCUACAUUACUGAUUCGUGAUUGAGAUAAAGGCAGUUAAUUAAUCACAUUUAAUUAAUUAUUGAAGUGAAUCAAUAAUAACUUGAAUUAACAAAAUCUUUUUUCUCCAUCGAUUAUAUAUAGGUCCGUAACUUAAAAAGAUAGCAAAUCGUUAAAUAUAAAUUGAAUUAACUGAUUGGUUAAUUUAUUAAUUUGCAGUGAAAUUCUAAUAAUCUUAUUGCAUUUGCAGAACAUGUAAUGCAUAUCGUGAUCAAUUAUCGUGAGAUAUUAAAUGGAAAACGGAUGAGAAAGAAUGAAAAGGAGAAAGCAGAAAAUUCCAAAGUUAAAGUCUGAAUCGCGAACGAGUUAGUCUGAUUCGAAUUUUGAAUUGUAUCUCCCUUAGUUUUCCAUCGAGAUAUACACACACACAGUUCUGCUAGUUUAGAUUUGUCGAUUAGCAUCGUAAUUUUUCUUUGUCAAGACUGCAAUUAAUCCAAAGAAGGACAAUUUGACUGAGAAAUUUGUAAUUUGACUGAAAUGAGGAAAGAACGAGACGAGGCUUAAACGUUAAAGUUAGUGCGCAAAGAAAGUUCGCAAAUAAAGAAAAAAAAAAAAAAAAACAUUCCAUUAUCAGCGAUUGUAUCGCUGCACGCUGGUGAUUCGAGUUGACUAAGAUGUUGGCUUGUCGACUUUUCGGCAAGAAUUUUGCGCGGGAGAUUUAUGCAUUUUCGAGGACGUUAUCCCGCCGUGUUUUUAACUAGCGUUGUCCAAAAGUGCACAUCGCAAAAAUAAAGAAAAAAAAAAAACGUGUAAAAAAGAUUAAGGAAGCCUAUUUAGGAUAGGAUGUUUGUGGAGAAGGAAAAGUCUUCCGGGAAUCGUUUCCGUGAUUGAAUUUACGUUAGGAAUGGAAUUUUUUUUUUUUACAUCGGGACACACGCCUAAAACGUAGACAGCGCGCUUAAUGAAUCGCUUAAUGCGCCGGUAAUGAAUAUCAAUGUGUUUUCGCGAUCUGCCUCUCGUGUGCGUUACAAGUUCGAAAAGUAUACAUUACGCGAAGGCGGGAUGAUAAAUCGCGAAAGAGAUCGUCUCUUCUGUUUAAAACGGAUAAUUUUAACGCGCCGAAUCUAGAAUCGCGUUUAAACGUGUUCGUGAUUAAUUCGCGGACAAAUGCAAGCCGGGAAGAGACAAUAGAUCAUAAACGCGAGAUCGCGAAAAGAGAGAGGAUAAAAGCGGAUCGAUGAGCUUGGGCCUAAAGGCGAAACGACGGACGAAGCGAGGAUGCACCGAUGCGUCCGAACGCGCCAAAGUGAUCGCGCGACGCAAUGACAGUAAUCGAGAUCGCGACACGUUGCGAUCGAUCGACGGUUAACAUUUGAAAGGAAAGGGAGGACGAUAACGGUUUUAUGAAACGAGAGACAAGAGAAAGAUAAAGAAGCGUGUAUACAGACGCGGAGGUGUGGUAGAGCUAUAUCAUGGGUUCUUAACUUGUAUAUGUAGGUUUGUCGUAUGCGCUAAAUACAAACUAUAUUUUUAACUCUUUAAAAGUAAUAUUUUGAAUUGUAAAUAUAUUAUAUUCAUACGCGAUACAUCGAUAACGAUGAUAUUCUCCUGUUCAAAUUUUAUAAAAAUCGGCAUAGCCCUACCAUAUAGGUAUCUCGUGGACGAGCGGAGCAGUGGAGCUUACGGAGCUUACGGUUCAUUUUUCAAUCAUCUUUUGCCAUUUUUAGAGAACAUUCUUAAACCUGUUUCCCUCAACGUGCACUUUUUAUGGUCGUUGAUCGAGCCAAGAAAAAUUAUUCUCCAUUCCGCGUCUAUUUGUCAUUUCGAAAGAGAUGCAUUUCGCAAAUCAAACUUUAAACGAUUGGCAUAGCCUCAGUUAGUGCGCGAACGAUUAUAGAGAACACUGCUCUGCUCUUCAAAUUUUUAAUAUAUCCAUAUUAACAAAUGUACAAGCAAGAAGAAACCCUAAAAGUUGUUCAUCGUAACAUAUUCAGGUUUAAAACUCAGCGUAGAGAAGGAGAAAAAAAAAAUGUUGAUGUUUUAUCUGUAAGGCUAAAAAGGAAAUGCCAUAAUAAUUAACGAGCAAGUACAAAUUAUCGUGGAAAAUAUAAAUUAUGUCUACGUCUAACUCUUAGGAUGCGUAGUAUCGGAAAGGGAAAUAUUUAACGGAGAAAGGCGCGGGGAAAAAAGAAACGAGUACGGGAAAGGGCAUCGCUUGCCUCGAAUUUUAUUCGCGGCCGGGUAGAAAGAUUAAAAGAGAGAAGGAAAAAAGAGAAAGAUGCGCGAGAGAAAAAGGACGAAGGGUAAGCACGAUUUUCCAAACAUAUCUUCAAAGUGUGAAGUAUACUGUGAAAAAAAAAAUAUACGAUUUUAGAUAUUUAGCUCUAUCUCUAUAUCGAGAGAUUUUAUAAUAAUUAUUACGUAUACAUUCAUAAAUCGGUAGACCGAUUCUCGAUGACGUUUGGUCAGGGCAUAAUGUGGAGAGCACGAUAUGGAUUGACAAAGUGAGGCCGCGAGAUAUUUUGCGUUUUUGUCUUUCUUAUAUUUUUUUUUUGUUGUUUAAAAAGUCAUUUUCGAAUUAUUAAGAAAUGCGCGAUUGGUGAGGAAGAAAAAAUUUAUCCUAGUCAUUCCGGAAAUUUUUGUGAUUCUGUGAUAUCGAGGAUCGUGGCAUUAAACGAUUCGAUGUGAAAAAAAGGCGAAAAAAGAGAGAGAUAGACCAAAAAGAAUAUAUGUCUGUUCCACAUUAUGAUCGCCGGACGUAUUCUUAAAAAAAAAAAAAAUUCUUUUAGCGACGAAAAAAAGAAAGAAAAUUGAUUAUUAAUUAUUAUUAAAUAUAAAAUAUCGGAAAAUUUCUGUGAUGUUCUUCGGUUGGUAUCCUAGCGCGACUGCUAAAGCUAUGUGAACGGAAAAAAAAAAGUAUACGGAAUUUUAUGUCGAUGUUCGGUGUUGUAUGAUAUAUUGUAAGAGGCGAGACUGUGUGUCGGGAAAAAAAAUUUCAUCAUACUAUUUCGAAAUUCUCGAGAUGGGGUGGGGGUAAGGAUGGGAUGGUGGGCAAUCGCUGAUCGAUCUGUCGGUUUAAAAAAAGAAACGUGUAAUUUGUUUCAAAGCAAAAAAUAAUUUUUUUAAAAAUCUUGCCACGAUGCUCUCACAAUUAAUGAAAGUAAUAUAGAGAACGAUUAUAAAGUUCGAUAGUUCAAACUAUUCCUACUCCAAGGUACGAUUAAAAAUUUCAGAGACAUGUACACGCGAAUCGAGAAAUAUAUAUUUUUCUCUCUCCGUUAAUACGCGCACGAUAAAUGUAUCCAGAACGAUCAACCGUUGCCAUUCAUCGCUGAUUAGACUUAGUCUAGUGUAAACGUCUAGUAAAGUCCGCACACGCGUGUUGUGGGUGGAUAGGUAUACGCGCAAGAGUGCGUACGAGGGCGUGUUUGCGUGCUCACUUGCAUUAUAUACACGUCCCCGAAUGCACACGCAAGCACGUAACUAUUGCAGGGUAACGACCCAUCGCAUGCCGAAGCGGAAAAAAAGCGCGCGAAAAAAAAAAAGGAGAAAAACAAAAUAACUAUAGAUUAUUUAUCGGAAUGUGCCAAGGUCCCGAACCGUUUACACGGACGAAAUUUUAGAUAAGGUAGGACGCGCCCCCCGUCUCACCCGCGUGUCGAGUGAAGAAAUAUUAUCAAUAUUAAUAAGGCUAAUCGUUUUAGGAUAUAAAGGAGGUACGAUUUAAAGAAAAAGAAAAAAAAUAUUAUACGGAAAAAAUUUUUUCCGAUCUUUAAUGUAUUAAUGAAUUAUUCUUCGUCCCGUAUGGUUUUUAAAAAAGAACCCGAGGAUAAGAUGAUAUACGCGGCGAAAAUAUAAAUAUUUUCGAUUCUAUCUAAACGUUAUCUUUCGCUCGCAUCCUGUGUAUAACGUGCAUAUGUAUAUAUUACGAGAUGUAUAAGGAACCGCGCGUAUUCUCCCAAUAUGAUACGAGAAAAAACUGUAAAUUACACCGACGUGUAACUCACAGCAGGAUUUAUUAUUGCGGCGGUAGGGUGCGAUGCGUGUGUUGCUUCGAGGAUCGUAGCGUCUCUCUCUGCGGUUUUCGCGCAGUUACUGUUUACUUAAAAAAAAAUCACUCGGUUUUUCGCCUGUCGACCGGCGACAAAAUACGUGCAAUCUCAUCGUCAACAAAAUUAAAUAUAUCGUAACCGUUAAAAGGAGGAAUGCCCUUCAUCAGGAGCGUUCCUCGCACUUCGUGCUGCUCCAGCAGCUUCCUUUUAAAAGAGCCACCUCUAAGUUAGUCACCCAUUCUUCGACGCGAACGGGUUCUUCGGUAUAAAAUGUAAUCGAUAUAUAUUAUAACUCGAAGAGGUCAAGUUUAAUUCCUGGCGCUGUGACGAAUACGCGAAUUUAUACUUUUGAGAAGGCUGAUUUUUUUUUUGUAACGUUUAAUAUUGUCGAUUUAUUUAAAGACUCAAAUUUAUUUCUAUUAGUGUUUCCUCCUCGUUUUUCUUAAUACGUAUAUAUAUACAUAUAUAUAUAUAUAUAUAUAUAUAUAUAUAUAUAUAUAUUCCUAUUUUUUUUAGAGGAACCGACUGAUUAGAUUUUUUUUUUUUUAAUUGGUUUAAAGUUUUCUUUCAUCGUGUGUGAUAUUAUAUUACCAAAGAGCAUCGAGAAAACUUUGUAAUACUUGCUCCGACGCGAAUGAUAUUCACCGUGGAAAGUGUCGCGAAUGCCGCAUCUAUAACACGUCAAUCGACAAUUUUUCCAUCGAAAAUCGAACGACGUAUUAUUUUUACUUCAUUCUUUUUGUCUAUUCUAUUUUUAAUAAAAUCCAAUAUUUUGAUUAAAAAUAUUAACUGACAAAAUCGAUACUAAGUAAUACUAUUUAACGAUGGCGGUGCGUAGCUCUAACAUGGGGAAUAUCACGAGAAUCCGGGAAAGUUAUAAAUCGAUUGUUUUCAAUAGGGGAACACUUUUCAAUUUUAACGAAAAGAGAAAAGAAAUUUUAUUUCCAAAAGGGGGAUCAAAAAAUGGAACUGUAAAUGGAAAACAGAGAGAAGUAAAAAAAAGAUACCAAUCAAUAAAACAAAAUAACAGUGUAAUUAAUUGAAAUUGAAGACAAAAAGAGAAAAGAACAUCGUGCAUAGGAGAAAGACUACUUAGAUUUAUUUUUAUUAUGUCUUAAAAAAAAAAAGACUUUAAAUAAAAUAUUUAAAUUGUGCCAUAAUUAAUAUUAAAAAAAAUCUUAAGUAUAAAUUUAUUGUUACAAAGAUUUUUAAAUUUAUCGGAAGAAAGGAAAAUUACAAAAAAAAAAAAGAGACGAAAAGAAAUGAUGAAAUGAUAAGAAAAAGAAAAUAUCAUUACUGUCUAUGGGUAACUAAUGCAUAGUACGAUAAUACUUAGAGAACAAAACGUCGUGUCAGUUUAAUGACGACUAUUGUAUCGACAAGAGAAACUGUAGGAUUAAACGGUUGGUUAUUUACGCUCAAUAUAACUAAGAACUUAUGUAUAGUACGGAUCUUUUCUACUUGUACCAAAAAUUUUAUUGCUAACGACUUUGUUUUUUUUUCUUCCUUUUUUUUAAUGUACAUAGGGCAUUACCUCAUAUCGUUCUUCAUCAAGUAUGCAAUGCGAAAUUAUGAUUAAGGUGUUAAUUAAAUUCAUUUGAAUUUAAAUGUCCGGCUAGGAAGACGAUUAGUUCACUAGACAGAGAUAUUCGGAGAAAAAUCCAAGUAGAUUAUGUUUACGACGAUAAAGUUGAUUACACGUACGAUUAUGACACAUUGCACAUUUUGCCGCGUGUGACAAGAUUAUUACAUUAUAUCGCGCGCGCCGACGUGCAUUAUCGUCGGCGUAAUGCGUAAUUCGCGCGAUGCGGCAUCAAGCGUCGAAUAUCUGGCUAAUGCAACUUAUCGUCUACAGUCAAUUUAACAUCCAAUUCAAUUAUUCGGGCCAAUGAGAACUUAGCGAGACUUCAAACAUCGCACGUUCAUCUAUUGUUCACAUGAGAGUGAAACGACACUGGAUAAUUUAAUGUACCCUUGAAUGUACAUACGUGUACUCCCCAGAGAGAAUGUGUGUGUAUAUGUAUGUGUGAGAGAAAGAUAUAUAUAUAUAUAUAUAUAUAUAUAUAUAUAUAUAUAUAUAUAUGAGCCCAUGUGAAUAUAUAACAUCUCGAUUGUGUAACUGAAGUGUAUAUGUGUAUGUACAUGUAGGUACGUAUACGUAUAUGUAUACGAUAUAUCUGUGUAUAUAUUAGAUUAAGGAGGCACGCCGAGCGUGCGUGUCGCGAAUAAUCGAAUCGCACGAGCGUAAACGAAUGAGGUAUGCGCUAUUUUCUUAAUGUAUCAUACAACGUAAUAGGCACGCAGAAAGGAUUUGUAACAGCUGCGGAUUCAUUUUGCUAUCGAAAGCGUUUCGAAGGAAAAUGCCCGAGGAGAACCUCACGGUUCUUCUUUCCUCCGAGAGAGAGAAGGCAGACAAAGAUCGAGCUGGGAAUCUAAAUUCUCGCGAGCGAUAAGCCAGAAGCUAGAGAUUUCGCGCAUCCGCAGUAGUUACGCUCCUUUUCUCGCUUCACGCAUAUUGUACGUCCGUUAUUUCUGAUACUAUUAUGGAUAUUCAUUGUACGUAUAUUAAACAUAUCUUCCGCGAGAGAGUCUAUCCACAUAGGAGGAGAUACUUGUGUAUUCUAACAUCGUCGGAGAGUUUUAUAUAUUAUGCUUUUUAUGUAUCAUAUUAUGAUUAUCUCAUUAUCACCGUCAUCGUCAUCGUCGCCGCCGCCGCCAUAAUAUUCACCAGCGUCACUCUCAUCAUUGAUAAUAGCAUCAUCACACAUCAUCCUUCUCAUUAUUAUAAUUAUUUUACUAUUAUUAUUAUUAUUAUUAUUAUUAUUAUUAUUAUUAAUUAUUGAUUAUAUAAAUACUAUUAUUAGUAGUAGUAGAGCAGCACAUUAGUAUAAUUUUUAUUACUAUAACUACUACUACUAGUAUGAUUAUAUUACUGCUGUUAUAUUGUUAUUAGUACUGCUAUAUUACUAUUAUUUUCAAUAUCGUCAAUAAUUUUUUUUUUUUUUUUUUUUUUUUGUUAUAUCACACAAUACGUUUAUUAUAAGAUUAUAGUUUGUUCAUAAAAUAUGUACAAUAUUGACAACUGGUCGAUGGUACUGGUUAUGUUGCACUAUGCACGCAUAAAUAUUGUAUAGACAUCCUUUGUUAGAGCAUCUAUCUUUUUAGAUCCUUAUUUUUAUUUCGUAUUCUAUUACGACGUUUUAUAAAACCGAUUGUUUAAAUGUGUUAGGGGAUCUUAUAUAUUGAAUGCUUAUUAUUUUUAUUAUUAUUAUUAUUAUUACACACGCAGUUAUUAAUUAUUAUUAUUAUAUUAUAUUAUUAUUAUUAUUAUUAUUAUUAUUAUUAUUAUUGCCGCUAUUAUAAUAAUUAUAAUUAUUAUGACUAUAUUGCUGUUAUUAUGAGUACUCUAUAUUGCUAUUAUUAUCGUCAUUCACCACUGCAAUCAUCUUUUACAACUAAUUCCGCUAUCGCUACAUAAUCGAUAUUGCUAUUAUAAAGAGUAAUAUUUAUUCGGAAAUUCGUUGUGACAUAUGUAUUUUUGUCCGCAAGUCUGAAAUGAGAGAGGGGAGAGAUACAUAGUCACGACAUGUAUAGACUGCGAAUCGCGAAAAGCCGUUUCGCUCGCGUCGCGAAAUAUUUUGCCGAUGCGUGCGCGACACUAAGUAUCCAUCCCUUUUUAUCACAUUGCUACAUUGUAAGCUUAAUUUUAGUUGCAUCAUCGUCACAGAGAUCAUAAGCUGUCGAAGUGUAGAACGGGUCGUAGAACGCAAAAGGAUCCACGUGUUGCAAGAGCAGAUCAUAGCAUGCUUUUUCGGUCUACCUUUUUUUUUUUUUUUUCUCGAGAAAUCCUUAUACAUCCCUACAUCCGGAGGAAGAGCAUCAACGGAAAUAUUGAGAUUAGCGCGAAUAAGGAAGUAGUUCUCGCGUGGACUCUGCUUCUUACAUUCCUUUUCGAAUUCAUAUUUCUUUUCUAUACUCGAUCCUUGAUGUAGUGCACGAACCCGAGAUUAAUUUACUCAACGAUUCAUUUUACGGUUCCACAAAAUUAAAAAAUUGAGAAAAUACGCGAAAGUGUCGCGAGAUUUAAUGAAAAGUUUAAACGUUCUUCUUUACUAAGAGUGUAAAAGUGAUUAAAAAUAUCUUUGGUAAAAAUUAUUUAUUUUUUUAAAUUUCUGAUGUCAUCUCUAAUUGAUUGAAAAACAAAUUACAAUUUUUUAUAACUUGCCAAACUUGUAUAACGUAAAAUUAAUAUUUCAUUAAUAAAUAUUAUUCGAUAUAUUUAUAUUCACUGCGCGUCGAACGAGUGUAAAAAAAAAAAUAUAUAUAUAUAUAUAUAUAUAUAUAUAUAUAUGCCUAUAAUUUUAUUAUUUCUACAAAUAAUAUUUUUUUUUAAAUCUCGGAAUGUAUUAUAUCGAGGUUCGAGUGCACCUAUGCUUUCUACAUCCCGUCGUCGAAUCAAUGUCGAUUGACUCGCUCAAGUCGAUCAAUUUAAUCGUAAUAGAAAACGAUGUUUGGAUCAAUACGAAUCCGUAUUAAGUUUUUAUGCAACGGAUUACGCUUCUCGACAAGAAUUCUCGCACAAUUUCGCGACGUUGUGGAAUCUUCGGUGGACAAUCACGGCCCGACUAUAAUUAUAAUGUAAACAAAGUGCAACACGCUGCCUUGCUGAACAGUACAAGUACAAAACGAAUACAAAUACAUAAAGAGAGAAAAAAAAAAAGUACGCGUCUUCGAUUUAAUGAACGGGAACGAUUACCGGUAGUUAAGGGAUAUCAAAACGAAGAUAAAAACGACGACAAAUUGUUAAGCCGUUAAGAUGGAAAAAAAAAACAAAAAAAAUAAAUAAAUAAAUAAAAGAGGCUCCGUUGCGCUAUAUGACAACGGCCCGGAUCCGUCGAUCAUAUUAUUAUGCAUGCACGAAGGCUAAAUUAACGACGGUGAAAAUGCAUUUGUUCACAAAUACCUCAGUUGCCGUGGCCUCAGACCUUUUCAAAUUUUACACAGUAACUUUUCGCUAAAAUACGUAUCUUGUCCGUAUGUUUGUCUGUCGCACUUAUAAUUUAGAAAGAGAGAGAGAGAAAGAAAGGCGUAGUAGUACCUUGCACUUGUGUAAACUUAUACAUCCUGUAUAUAGAUAAUACUGUGUAUGCAAAAUCACCGAGCGAUAAAUGUACGCGUAUAUCUGAUUUUCGACAUUUUGUUUGUCUAAAGUGAAAAGGUUCAAGCUAAAAAAAUUACUAUCGAUCUCUAAAUCUUUGCUUCGAACUUGCAUUUGGAUCGUAGAAUUAACGGUCGCCUGUAAUCAAGUAUUUUAGAAGUAUCAGAUCGAACUUGAGGCAGGCGAUCAAUUUGGAUCGGAUCGGUAAAAUGUAAGAGAUACCUGAAUAUCUUUAUUAUGAUCCAGAACAUUGUGUCUCUCGAUAUAGUAUGAGAUAAAAAUAUAAAAAGAUCUCAAUUUAGAUACUUCUUUUUUUGUAUCUCCUACAUUUUCCCCCUUCAAUUUAAUCGAUGGACGACGGAUAUACUUGUAUAUAUUUAUCCCGCAACAAUUACCUACACGCAUCUCUUCUCCUUCCCUCGCCGAUCGUUCUUCCAUCACGCGUCGCCGAAUUGAAGAGAUCUGUCGCAAUCGACACGUAAUCACCUUCCGUAAUUAAUGAACGUAUAAAGUUUGUAGGCCCCCGCCCUGUAUUUACGAUAUAAUCGAGUACUAUCGAGGAUGAUAUCGAGUUCCGACGAAGCCUAUCCGAGGAAGAGCCUAAUUACAUUGUACGCCUCCGCGAAAUCCUUGUUCCGGAAAGGUUCCACGCACAAAUGCGAAGCUUCCGGUCCCGUUCUCGGCCCGGAGGCGAAACGACACUGCCAAAAACUACGUACAGCUCGUUAAGACCGUCACAUAUUCCACCGCCCGUUCUCCCACGAGGAUCAUCUUGAGUUUUAAUCUAAAUAAUCAUAUAAAAUAUCUUCCGCGCGCGUCUGAGGCUCGGCAAUAAGAUAUAUUUCUCAUCUAAGCUACAAUAGUUGUUGUUGUACUUAUUUCUCUUCUCUAUUUCGUCACCAGUCUCUGGAUGUUAAAUGCGGCUACGAGCAACACGUGCAUCGUUCGUAUGUGACGGAUUCCCAGAUUGCGAGAGUGCACGCUUUUUAAGGGAACGAGUGAUAGAACGACGCAUGUGAGCGACGAGCGCGCGAAACUUCGCGUAUUAUUAUUAUUAUUAUUAUUAUUAUUAUUAUUAUUAAUUAUUAUUAUUAUUAUUAUUACUAUAUUUUACAGAAUGCGGAUAUUAGAUAUAAAAAUAUGUAUAGAUAGACAUACACACAGACAGAGAUGUACACGCAAUUGCGAGCGCGCGAUAAAUACUUACGCGCACACACGUACACAUAUUGUUCCGUUAUCGCCGUUAUACCAUCCGUGUAACAUAACAUUGCGAAUAAACUUGCAGUUUAUUAACCGAUCAAAUCUGUGACUGUUCCCCGUAAACGAUCAUGCUCUAUAAGAUUCACGUCUCUUAUUGGAAAUAAACAUUUUCGUAAUCAAAAUAAAUUUGCAUAUAUACCUAAUUCUGCGUGAUAGAUACAUCUCGAAGAAGAUUAAAGAAGACGAGUGAAAGAGAACCGGUUUGCAAAGGUAUAAAGUUAUUAUAUAUAAUGUUACUCUAUUUUAUAAUGUAAAGAGAAAACAUCAAAAACUUCUCGACGUACUAUUUUAUUUUUGGA